CAGUCCCUCACGUAUGCCUCAAAGUUGAAGAAUGCCGAACAGCACCAGGAGGUGAACCAUAGGAAGUACGCCAGAAAACUGCUGUCCGACCUCUCGAUCGGUGACACCGAGGGUACAAAUGUGGAGAACUGUUCGGGCGGUGAGCAGAAACGGCUGGCCAUCGCCCAGGAGCUCAUGGCCCUCAGGAAGCCUAACCUCAUGUGUAUAGACGAACCCACGAGCGGUCUGGACAGCAAUGCCGCCGAAAUUGUAGUACAGGUCCUGAAGCAGUUGUCCCGACAGCACGAGAUCGCGAUCGUCACGAGUAUCCAUCAGCCAAAUAACGACACUCUCAUGCUUUUCGAUGGGGUGUAUGUGUUGGCUAAGGGAGGCCUUUGUGUCUACUCCGGACCCCCACUACAGGUGCGCGCCUACCUAAGCGCGGCUCAGUUCGAGUGUAAUGAACACCAGGUGCCCAUCGAAGUGCUGCUGAGAAUAGCCUCCAAAUCCGGCUCCAGUGUCCAGCGGCUGUCCCACCAGUCCAUGAAAGCCAAGAGUGAGCUGAGGAACCGCUGCCUCGCAGAGGGCCGUCUCUCCCCCAAUGGGGUCGCCAACAAAGGGAACGCCUUUCAGUUG